AGGUUAUAGACCUCGACUAUUCGUACAUACCUGGGUCUCGUACCUGGGUCACUCGUCACGACUACGCGGUUCUGCCCAGAGCUGAAAAGUAAAAUAUACCUAUACAGGGCAGUAUUAUGUAUGUCCACUCAGAGGCAGACUCCGAGCUGCAGACCCCUCUCUCCUUGCUCUUAACCCCUCACACCCCGAGAGCAAACGAAGAAGCCGAGCACCCAUCAUCAACACCCGGUUGCCAACAUUGCGGCAGUACACCCAUACCGAGCCCAGCACCCCUUAAAUGGUUACCUAACAUGGCUACCACAACCCCUAUCGCCCUAGUCGAACCUAACAUCGACCUCGCCAAAGCCAUCCAACAAUACCUCCUCCCCGACCUCGAAGUAACCAACAUCUGCCCCGACGCUGACGCGGUCGGGGCCGAACUCGGCGACCCGUCGGACGAGCGCCGCGCGCCGCGCUCCAUAUUCAUCUGUCCGAGCACCGACGGCGGGUACGACCUCGGGAUUCAGAGCAUUAUUACGGGUAUGUUUCCGCAGGUCCCGGCGGUGCUGGUCGACCUGGAGGAACCGACGCCGGAUGCGGGAUUGGUCGCGGGCUGUAUUCGCCGGCAGCUGGAUGCGCUUAUUGGUGAUGGGGUGAUUGCCCGCGGGUGAGGAGGGGUUUGGGGGGUGGAGGACGAGGUUGCGGGUCAGUGUCUGCUUACUCCGGUUUAUAUACCUAGCUAGCGACCUGAUUAGAGGGUGGUUUGUUUUGUCUGGCUCGGGUCUGGGCUUGGUGUAGUGCGGAUUCAUUAACGGUUUACCUUCCUGUGGCCGGUGCCUCUCUGCUCGGUAAUGUAACACGUCACUUCGGCCACUGGUUUAGCGUAGGCCGGAAAAAGAAGUGCUAUAGGAGAGGGUUGGUCCACACAAGUACCUACGUUACACAGAUCUCCCGAGGCAAGCGCGGGAGCAGGUCGAUGACUCGAUGUGCUGGCUCAGAAGGGAAGUGACCGGGUUAGUACCUAUCAACUGGACAUUGCAAUUCA